GUCCCAUGCACAAAUUAUAGUUGCAGAAAAAUUUCUUACUAAUGGCGGAUGCGAAGAAACAGGUUCAUAUUGUUCUAGUACAUGGGGCCUGCCAUGGGGCAUGGUGUUGGUACAAGCUGAAGCCGCUGCUAGAGGCGGCCGGCCACCGCGUGACGGCCUUUGAUCUCGCCGCCUCCGGAAUUGACACGAGGAAGCUGGAGGAGCUCCGCUCAUUUGAGGACUACUCGCAGCCGCUAUUGGAUUUUAUGGCCUCACUUCCGCCGGAGGAGAAGGUGGUUCUGGUCGGACACAGUCUCGGUGAAAUGAACAUUGCCCUUGCGAUGGAGAGGUAUCCUGAGAAGAUUAAGGUUGCUGUUUUCUUAACAGCUGUGAUGCCUGAUUGCAAACAUGAUCCAUCCUACGUUUUGAACCAGUCCGUGGAGACAAAGCCGGCAGAUGAAUGGUUAGAUGCUGAAUUCAAACCCUUCGGUCCUCCGGAGGAGAAUCUAACUUCAGCGUUCUUUGGCCCCAAGUACACCGCCUCCAAACUUUACAACAAUUGUUCUCCCGAGGAUGUUGCAUUAGGAAUUAUGUUGGCAAGGCCAUGCUGUAUGUUUAUUAAUGAUUUGGCGAAGAAGAGUCCAUUCUCAGAAGAAAGGUACGGGUCAGUGAAGAGGGUUUUCAUAGUGUGCCCAGAGGAUCAGGCCAUUCCCCUAAAGUUCCAGCGCUGGCAGAUCGAGACCUGUGGGGUGGACCAAGUUAAAGAAAUAGAGAAUUCGGAUCACAUGCCUAUGCUCUCGAAGCCAAGAGAGCUCUGCCAGUGUCUGCUUGAGAUUAUUGCAGAUUAUUAUGCUUAAUUAACUCCUUCCUACUAAAUCUGCUUUCCCAGAAUUUACUACGGAUGUCUAUGGCUAUUAAUGCUUCGUUUUCGUGCAACUCAUGUCCUACUGUCUGUUUAUGGGAAUAAAAUAAGCUUUCUCUUUUUUCUAGGAAUUA